AUGAAGUCGAAAAGAAAACGAAAAAAGGAAGGCAGUUCUAGCGCGUCAACUGGAAUCACCUCUUAUUCAGAAGAAAGAAUCACUUUUGAAGAAUAUGUCGCCACUCCGCUUCCAUUAUUUCACUUUUUGUUUUGGCUCUUCAUCAUCGCCUCCUGCUGGUAUAUUUUCACCAUUUCGUAUUCAAAGUUGAUAAGGCUCGUCCUCGGCGGUUCCUAUAUUUUCCUUCUCCUUUUCUUUGCAAUGUCAUACUUCCGUUAG